CCUAAUCUCUCUCCCUCUUCUGCCCCUUCUGUAAUUCCCAAUCCCACCCUUAAUAGUUUCCUCUUCCUCUUCUCCCCAUUUCCUUUUUGCCCUUGUUCCAUUUCUCUCCCUCGAUUUCUCCCUUUUACCCGCCAUUUUCAACUUCCCUUUCUCCAACGGCUCCUUCCCCCGUUUUCUGGUUCCUCAUCGAAGCUCUAGUUUUCUAGUUCUUCCCGGAUCGGUGUCUGGAUCUUAUGUUUCUCGCGGUUUUGUUUAUAUCCAGGAUUUGAUUCUCCUCGAUCGACCGAAAUAUCCGUUUUUUUUUCAAGAGUAAGUUAUAGGAUGCAGAAGAUAAAGCUACGAUGACACUGCGAGUUCUGUUUCUGUACUGAUAAAGCCGGAGAAUUACUGUAUUUUUUUUUAUACGAGUGGGUUGUUCUUGGAGCAGUGUGAUAUUAAAAAGAUUGCUUCAGCAAUGGCGAAUCGCGAUUUAAUCCUAGGACAAAAUCGUAACAUCGGUAUUGGUCAGGGUCAGUCGUUGGUGCUUGGUCAUAGCCACAGUCUAGGGCUUGGUCAAAGCCAUGAUUUAGAGUUAGGGCAAGGCCACGAUAUGGACUUAGGACAGGGCCACCAUGAUCAUGAAAUUGGUUUAGGACAUCCACAUGAUGAUCAUGAGCUCGGCUUAGGAAACAGCGAGAAUCAGGAUGAAGAGGAUCAUCAUCAUCAUCAUCAUCACGAUUAUAUGAACGAGAACGAAAUCUCUGUGGAUCAAAAGCCUGGACACGACGAUGUUGAUCCCGAUUUGGUUCUUUCCUCGCAAAACCACGAUUUUUCGUUGUCUGAUAAUAACCAGUUGGUGGUUGGGGAAAACCAUGAACUAGACGAGAAUCUGGAACUAGCCGUUGACUCAAGUCAUGAACUUGGGAUUGAUCAUCAUGGUGAAAUGGUUAUGGUUAGCACUCCGGUUCAAGCCCGAGCUCUCUCUGCUGAGUUGACUUACCAGCUUACGGUCGGACAAGAGUUUCCAGAUGUCAAGAGCUGUCGUAGAGCAUUGAGAGAUAUGGCGAUUGCUCUUCAUUUCGAAAUGCAGACAAUAAAAUCCGACAAAACACGUUUCACAGCAAAGUGUUCGAGUGAAGGAUGUCCAUGGAGAGUCCAUGCAGCAAAGCUUCCCGGUGUUCCAACUUUCACAAUCAGGACGAUCCAUGAAAGCCAUAGCUGUGGAGGAAUAAACCAUUUGGGUCACCAACAAGCUUCGGUUCAAUGGGUUGCUAGCUCCGUCGAGCAACGUCUCCGUGAGAAUCCAAACUGUAAACCGAAAGAGAUUCUUGAAGAGAUACAUCGUGUCCACGGAAUCACCUUAUCGUACAAACAAGCUUGGCGUGGCAAAGAAAGAAUCAUGGCGACUAUGCGCGGGUCUUUCGAAGAAGGGUAUCGUUUACUUCCUCAGUAUUGCGAGCAGGUCAAGAGAACGAAUCCGGGAAGCAUCGCUUCCGUUUACGGAAGUCCAGCAGAUAAUUGCUUCCAGCGUCUCUUCAUAUCGUUUCAAGCUUCGAUUUACGGAUUCUUGAAUGCUUGUCGACCGCUUCUUGGAUUGGACAGAACAUAUCUAAAGAGCAAGUAUUUAGGCACUUUGCUUCUCGCAACUGGGUUUGAUGGAGACGGCGCUCUGUUUCCGUUGGCGUUUGGGAUUGUCGACGAAGAGAACGACGAGAACUGGAUGUGGUUUUUGUGUGAGCUUCACAAUCUUCUCGAAACAAACACUGAGAACAUGCCGAGGCUAACAAUCUUAUCUGAUAGACAAAAGGGAAUAGUGGAAGGCGUGGAACAGAAUUUCCCAACUGCGUUUCACGGGUUUUGUAUGCGACAUUUGAGCGAGAGCUUCCGCAAGGAGUUUAGCAACACAAUGUUAGUCAACUAUCUGUGGGAAGCUGCGCAAGCUCUAACGGUGAUUGAGUUUGAAGCCAAAAUACUCGAAAUCGAAGAGAUCUCUCAAGACGCAGCUUACUGGAUACGGAGAAUCCCUCCUCGGUUAUGGGCCACUGCUUAUUUCGAAGGGCAACGGUUUGGACAUUUAACAGCGAACAUUGUCGAAUCCUUGAACUCGUGGAUCGCUGAAGCAUCUGGACUUCCGAUCAUUCAGAUGAUGGAAUGCAUUAGGAGACAGUUAAUGACUUGGUUCAAUGAAAGGCGUGAGACCAGUAUGCAAUGGACUUCGAUACUCGUGCCAACCGCCGAGCGGCGUGUGGCAGAGGCUCUUGAGCUUGCAAGAACCUAUCAGGUGCUUCGAGCUAAUGAAGCCGAGUUUGAAGUUAUAUCUCAUGAAGGAAACAACAUUGUGGAUAUUAGGAACAGGUGUUGUCUUUGUCGGGGUUGGCAGUUAUACGGUUUGCCUUGCGCACACGCUGUGGCGGCUCUUCUUUCUUGUAGACAGAAUGUUCAUAGGUUCACUGAGAGCUGUUUCACUGUGGCUACAUAUAGGAAGACUUAUUCUCAGACGAUUCAUCCGAUUCCAGAUAAAAGUCUUUGGAGAGAGCUCUCUGACGGGGAUCCAAACGUUGAUAAAGCCGCUCUUGACGUUAUUAUAAACCCGCCAAAGUCGCUGAGACCGCCUGGUAGGCCGAGGAAGAGACGGGUUCGAGCUGAAGAUAGAGGAAGAGUGAAGCGGGUUGUGCAUUGUAGCCGGUGUAACCAAACCGGACAUUUCAGAACCACUUGUGCUGCACCCAUUUGAUUUCAACACCCUCCUCCAUCUUUUACAUGAACCAUACUGUGGAAAAAAGGGUGUAAACUCUGUCAAGUGUACUAUAAGAGAUCAAUCUUUCGUGAUCAGUUUCAAGAUUUCAGGCAAUAGAUGGAAACAAACACCUGAAGAAGAACAGCAUUUACCUGUUUGUUGAAUGUUUUUUUUUUCAUUUUCAUGUGGAUUUAGGUUUUAUUUAUCACAAGGUACAAAGUGUUAUGUAAUUCUUACUCUUUUUCCUCUGUAAUGCGAUGAUUCAAAUAACAAAC